CUUGUGACAUGGGAGUGCAGAUGAGAGAGAGCGGAGAAGGAGAAGGUGAGAGGCAGGGGGGCCUGCCUGAUCUCAGUGAUCACCGCAAGCGCAAUCCCUCCGUCGGAGAUUGAUUGCGGGAUUGGGCGUGUGGGAUUGUGAGCAUUCGCGAGUUUACGGAGUGUUUUGGAAGGUGGGUCGGUGGUGAGAGGUGUGUGCGUGUGUGUGUGUAUGAGAGAAGAAGAGGGCGGAGGAGUCAAGGCGGAGGAGUCCUGGAUGGGGGGCCAUGGGACUGAGAGCUUCGCAGCGAAUGUGUCCGUGGCGAGGGCGGGCAGCAGGGGGGGAUUGCAACGCCCCGCCAGUCAGAAGCUGUUCGCCGAGGGUGUGACGUCGUCAAUGCCGUCGUUGGUGUGUAGCACGUCCGAGCGGAGUGCUGUGGAGAAUGUGAGGAGGAGGAAAGGGAGCGCUGGGGUGGCGAGCGUGGCGAAAGCAAUGCCGCCGGCUUUGGAGUUUGGGUUCAGGACGUUGCUGCCCACGGAAGCUGAAUUCCGGGACGUUCUUGGUCUCGUGAAGGAGGAGGAGGUGGAGGAGAGCGUCGUGAAGGAGCAGAGGAAGCCGAAGAGAAUGGCGUUCAAGGGUUUUAAACUGAAAGUUGGCAAUGCCUCCUUGAGGAGACUGUUGAGUGGAGCUAUUGCUGGUGCCGUGUCCAGAACCGCAGUUGCUCCUCUGGAGACAAUUCGCACUCAUCUCAUGGUUGGGACUGGUCGCGGCAAGAUUUCGGUAGUUGGUAUGUUUCAUACUAUUAUGGAGAGGGAUGGCUGGCAAGGCCUGUUCCGAGGAAACGGUGUAAAUGUAUUGCGGGUGGCUCCGAGUAAAGCAAUUGAGCUAUUUGCGUACGACACAAUGAAGACGAUUCUGACACCUAAGAACGGGGAACCCUCGCGGCUCCCAGUUCCUGCUUCUACUAUAGCAGGUGCAACGGCUGGUGUAUGUUCGACAUUGACCAUGUAUCCUCUUGAGUUGCUGAAGACACGGUUGACUGUUGAGCAUGGUAUGUACAACAACUUGUUACAUGCAUUCCUCAAGAUUUGUAAAGAAGAGGGACCCACGGAGCUGUACAGAGGUCUACUUCCGAGCCUUAUCGGUGUGAUUCCGUAUGCAGCCAUCAACUACUGUUCUUAUGACACAUUGAGGAAGACGUACAGAAGAAUCGCGAAGAGAGAAGAUAUUGGUAACUUAGAGACGCUUUUGAUGGGCUCCAUCGCAGGCGCUGUUGCGAGUACCGCAUCUUUCCCAUUAGAAGUCGCACGGAAAAAAAUGCAGGUUGGAAACAUCGGUGGACGACAGGCAUACAAUAAUGUACUUCAUGUGCUGUCUAGCAUCGUGAAAGAACAUGGACCUGGAGGUCUCUACCGCGGGCUUGGGGCAAGCUGCAUUAAAAUUAUUCCAGCUGCAGGUAUAUCUUUCAUGUGCUAUGAGGCUUGCAAACGCAUUUUGGUAGAGGAGGCCCAGGUCAUUGCACCAGCGAAUGUGGAGAAGCGGAAGGAGAAGGAAUCGGUUAAAGUGGUUCAAACUUGAAAAAUGGGGGUGCUUUCUGACGAAAGACAACAGUAUGCACCAAUCUGGAUGAGAUUGCAGAGAGCAAGAUAAGGUGCCAAUGCUUUGUACAUCGAAGAAGACGAUUUACGCCUUCAGACCAAGUCCUUCAACUUUGAGGAAGGUAAGGGAGCUGUUAUUGCGUAUAAAAUUGUUACCUUCCAUCGGAUCGAAAGUUACAUGGGAUGUACAUACUGUUCGUGGUUACGAAGAACUCAAGCUUCAUCUGACCCCUCGACGUUCUGUAACCACGUCUCCUUCCCAAAAGAGAAUUGGGAUUACACUGAAGGUAGUGGAUCAAUCGUCCACCAUAAUGGACAGCUUGCCCCUAAAGGUAGAAUAUGCUGAAACCUGGAUGGACAAGGUGGCUAUAAGAGGGAGGAACGGAGUUGAGAUGAAGCCGUGCAGGUAAAAUAUUAGUAGGUGAUGGAUCACAUCUGGGAAGUGGAUAGUGAGUUCUUUCAGGACUUACUGUGCGUUCACAUUAAGGUCCACCCUAAAUGGUUGUCAUGCUGGUCGCGGCUGACUACUCACAAAUUUUGGGCCCAGUUGUUCAGAGUAUUGUUGAAUCGUGAUGCCUUGAGCGUGUAGCUUGUAGGUAUCAGUUGUCAAGUAUUUUACUCGAUCCUCUUUCUGAAAGAGAAGAAGAUCACCUUCAUUUGACCGGAUUCGAUCUCAGAUCUCGAAUGGUCUUGCUGUUGUUGGCUGCUCCCAAUAUACCCCGUAGUUAAGGUCGCUAUCCUCGGUCAGAUUUCUUAGUCUGCGGACUUGAUCAUUUCUCACACUCUGAAUAAAAGAUUAAUCUAGUGGUCUUAAGCGUUGAUCAGCAGAUGGAAGUCGCUGAGCUUUUGCUUUGUCAUUGAAGAAAUCUUAUUUAGUCAUAUUCAGCGUGUUCUUCCGACUUCGAGGGUUUUGUUGGACAUCUACGGAGUAAAUAAACAUGUAGUUGAUAGUAGGCCAGGAUGUAAAACACUAGGUACCAAUUGUUGGCCAUGCCUACCGGCACCAUGCGGUUGCCAUAAUCAGCCAUUACCAUUCUGAAUUCUUGAUCAAUUCAAUGAUUGUCGAUUGGA